CACCCCUUUACCCGCCACUAUAUUCAACAGCAUCCAGUCCGCUCUUCCUCUUCAAACCGAAAUGGCCGAUCCUCCCGACUCUUCCCCACCUCCCCAGCCCAUUUCCCGCGACGAACCUAACAAAAACCAGCCCCCGACGCACCAUCAUCUCUCGUCCUUUCCUGAUCCCACCACCUGCUUCUCCUGCAACGCUCCGGUCACUCCUUCUCCUCAUCCCCAGUCCUGGUCCGACGGUCCCUCACCUCCUCCAGUCUAUCGCCCCAUCCGUUUCCCAGCCCUAAAUCUCCCCCCUCCAAACACCCAAUCCAUCAUCCAAUCCCCAGUUCCCCAACCCCAAUCAGUACCGUCCAUUUCCCUACCCCACCACUUCCAACCCCCUUCCAAGAAAAUCCACACUCCAUCCGACGCCCAGCGCUUCCUCUCAUCCCCCUCCGGCUCCAACUUCCUCGGCUUCAUCGCCGCCCUCUCCCACUCCAUCCGUGGCCGCAAGAUCUCUGAUCCGGCUCCUCUCUCCCCGUCCGUUUCCUCCGUCACCUCCCUCCUCCAAACCCUCAUCGGUUGGAUCGAUGACAUUCCGCCCGUCCAUCAACCCUCCCGCUACGGCAACCCUUCGUUCCGCGUCUGGCAGGAUCGCCUCACCGAAACUGGCUACUCCCUCGUCCUCGAGCUCCUUCCGGAAGAUCUAAAACCUGCUGUUGUCGAGAUCUUCCCCUACUUCGCCGACAGCUUCGGAAACCCUGCCCGCAUCGAUUAUGGAACCGGCCAUGAGGCCAAUUUUGCCGCUUGGCUCUACUGCCUUGCUCGGCUGGGUUUCAUCAAGGAAGAUGACUAUCAGGCCGUUGUGUCCAGAGUAUUCGUGAAGUAUCUUGAACUGAUGAGGAAGCUGCAGAUUGUUUACUGUCUCGAACCUGCCGGGUCCCAUGGUGUCUGGGGCUUGGAUGACUACCAUUUUCUCCCGUUCAUCUUCGGGUCCGCCCAGCUGAUUGAUCAUAAGUACAUGAAGCCCAAGUCGAUCCAUAACGAGGACAUACUUGAGAAUUUUGCAGAUGAGUUCAUGUAUCUAUCUUGCGUGGCAUUCGUGAGGAAGGUGAAGAAGGGGGUGUUUGCAGAGCACUCGCCGCUGCUUGAUGACAUCAGUGGGGUGCCGACAUGGAGCAAGGUUAACAGCGGGAUGCUUAAGAUGUACAGAGCGGAGGUGCUUGAGAAGGUGCCAAUCAUGCAGCAUUUUCUCUUCGGAUCACUCAUUGAAUGGGAGUGAAAUUGUGAAUCAGCUUUAUGCGGGGCAUUAUCCAAGGAACAAAGACAUGUUUAGGAUUUGCAUCAGGUUGAUUGAUAAAAUCUGGAUGCUUAUGAGACUGGAGUUUAGACUGAUGAAUGCACAUUGAUGUAAGUUCUCUUCUUUUUGUUCUUGUAACACUGAUUGACACUACACCAGAUUACUGAUAAGAAAAGGAGUCACACUGCUAUA